GUUAACUAACAUACAUGCUUUACAUAUAAUGAGCGCUUCUGGAGACUCCAAGAUUAAAUUCAAAGGUGUUCGUCGCCGGAAAUGGGGCAAAUGGGUGUCGGAGAUUCGGGUCCCCGGCACGCAAGACCGCCUUUGGUUGGGCACCUACGCCACUCCGGAGGCGGCUGCGGUGGCCCACGAUGUUGCCUUUGUUUGCCUUAGAGAAAGCAUGGCAGCGGACAAGCUCAACUUCCCAACGCUGACGCUACCUGCCGGAGUUGGGCCGGGGAUGUCGCCGGGGUCGGUGCAAACAGCCGCCUCCAACGCGGGCAUGGCUGUCGACGCGCAGCUACGGCUGAAUAAUCUGCCACCGGACGUCGCAAACCAAAGAGGAGGAGAUAAUAACAGAUGGGGCGGCGAGGCGACGGGAGAGGUUGUUUCUUGGUCCCAGGAAGGAAGUGGAAGUAGUGAACAAGCUCAACCUUUGAGUGUUUCGGUUGAAGAUUACUGGAACAUUACUUAAUACUAUGUAUAAGAUGCAACAUUAUUUGUGUUAAAUAAGAGUAAAUUAUGUAAAAUCCAAAAUUUAUAGAGGAUGAAAAAAUCAUGUCAUUAUACUCAUAUUUUAUUAGAGAAUGGAUCGGAGUAUUCAAUUUUGAUAUAUC